AUGUACGUCCCACUGGGACAAGCACAGAAUACUGCCACUCUGGUCGCCCGGCAAUACUAUGGCAACAACCGAUACCGCAACACACGGGCGCUUCCCCUCGGUGCCAUCAUCGGCCUGGUGAUCGGCAUCGUCGCCAUCUUCUUUUGUGUCUGCUUCGGCAUCAUCCGCCGCCGACGUCGCCGAUCGUCCAUGGUCGCCGGCGGCAGUACGGCCCCGAGUCACAAGUGGGGAGGAGGCUGGCGGAAUAGCAGCAGUACCACCAACACCAACAAUGGGUACUACUACAGCAACAACGGUUACCCGCAAUCGCAGCAGCCCGAGCAGCAGCAGCAGCAGCAGCAGUAUCAGCAGCCCAUGAAUCAGCAGAACGACUACGCCGCUGCACAGUCUGUGCCCCCUCCUCCCUACGCGCCGGGUUCAAAACCGCCGCCGGCGCACACUGCCAACCAUCACAGCGGCGGUGAGAAUGCCGAUUACUACUCUGGAAACACACCUGAGGUCAGCGGCAUGCCGGCCCAGCAGGGUGUCAGGUGGUGA